AUAGUGACUCGCGACCAUGGGUCGCCGCAGCUUCCCCUACCACAAGCUCAAGAAGCUCCUCCCCGCUGUCGCCCCCUCUCCUCCCCGUCCUCCUGCCACGAUGGCAGGCUCUGCUACCGCCGCCGCCAUUAAGGACUCAUACCGGUCCUACUACUUUGCGGUGGCGAGGCGGCGGAGCAGGCGCCUGAGGAGGGCGAGAGUCUGGGGUGCCCUGGCGCGCGCGUUGUGGCAGAGGGCGGCGGCGGCCGGGGCCCUGGUGCGCGCGUCGGGCGCCAGGGUGGCGUGCUGGCUGAGGAACGCUCGGCCCUACGUCGGUGACCUCUUCGUCGGGAACUACAUGUUCCUGCAGGUGGCGCCGUCGCCGAUGACGAUCACGGGCGGCGGCACCGUGGUGCCCUUCGCGCAGUACAACUACGGCUGUAAGGCCAGGGCCGUGCAUCUGCACCGCUACCCUACUGGGGCGGUGCUCUACGAGACAUAGCGACGUGCCACUACAGCUCCGUUGUUCAGCCAACGAUGGAUGACUUCGUCGCUGGCCUGUGUUGUGUUGAAAUAUGGGUAAAUAAAUGUUGUUAUUCAGUUUGGAUUUGGAAUUUUGUCUUUUUGGCGAAAUUUUCCUUCGCAAUUGCUUGUUUCCCGUCCUGUCUCACUUUGUUGACCCAUCAAAACAGCCAUGCCAUGUCCUGAGAUAUGUUCGGAACAUGCGUUCUACUAGCAUGCAAGUCGGCUGUCAGAGGAGGUAGCAAUUGAAUGAAUCGGUAAGUCUUUGUUUGUGUA